CCUAUUGGUCUGUAGGUAGUGUUGUAAGAUGGCGCCCAGCGAAAUAUGAGUGGUUUAGAAAAGGAAAAAAUAGAGCUAGCCAUCUAACGAAAACCAGGAAAAACAAAGAGUAAACCAGCCACAGAAAAACGUCAGAAGCACCUCGCUUCCCUGCUCGCUGGAAGAGGAGCGACGUUUCGAGGGUAGAGAAACGGUUGUGGGCGACUCGAGCCUCGGCCCGGUUGAGGAAGAGAGAUCCCCGCUAUAGAAGAAGACACUGUCAGCAGCAAUGAAUAACUCCCUGGAUGGUACAGGCUCCUACGAGGAGCUUGUGAGGCAGAAGGCUCGGAGCAUCCCUCAGCAUCGCAUGAAGGAGUUCCUGGAGUCCUUGGCAAGUAAGGGUCCAGAUGCCCUGCAGGAGUUCAGCCAGCAAAGUGGAGAUACUACGACUACCACCACCACUAUGGUCUACCAACAAGAGUCUAACUGUAUCUACACGGACAGCACAGAAGUGGCAGGGUCAUUGUUGGAACUGGCUUGUCCGGUUCAGGUGCAGGUCCAGCCACAGCAGCAACAGAUACAGGAGUCCACGUCUCAGCAGCAGUCUGUACAACAAAAUACAGAGCAACAGAUAGUGCAGGUGCAGAUCCAGGGCCAGCAGCAAGGUCAGAUGCUGGGUCAGGUCCUCCAAGUGCCCUCUGGUUCCCAUCAACAGCUUCAAGGGGUGACUACAGCACAGCUAAUUCAGCCUGGGGAACUCACGGAGGAGCAGCACCAACAGCUGCAAGCCCAGUUGGUGGCAGCUGUUGCAGGAGGACAACAGAUCCAAAUCCAGACAGUGGGGGCCCUCUCUCCCACCCAGCAGCAGGACAAUGCUGAGAGGAGGGUACUGGGAACCACCGUUGCCACAUCUCAGGGUGCAGGUGUCCUCCAGCCAGCCAAGAAGCGUAAGGUUGACAUGCCCAUCACUGUGUCCUAUGCCCUGCCUGGUCAGCAAGUAGCCACAGUCCUCGCUAUCCCUCAGGGACAGGGGCAGCAGCAAAGUUACGUGUCCCUGCGGCCAGACCUCCUAACUGUGGACAGCUCCCACCUUUACAGUGCUACAGGCACUAUCACCAGUCCCACAGGGGAGACCUGGACAAUCCCUGUCUAUUCUGCUCCCGCUGGUUCCGGAGGCCGUGAGCAGGUCACACACAUUGCCAUCCCCCAGGAGGCUUAUGGAACAGUGCAGGUUGCAGGGACAAACACUACAACAAUGACUACAAUGCCAACACAAGUUACUGUUGACAAUGACAAGCUGAAAAUCCCUGCCAGUCAAAGUCAGACAGCACAGGCUGUUUCCAGCAUAACAAGCUCUGGGGGAAUGGGAGGCCAAGAAGAAGUGGUGCACACGCUAUCCGCAAACACACUGUUCCCUGCCCAGCUGAUGAAUGGAAACAUCCACAUCCCAGUGGCAGUGCAGGGCUACUCCAACGCUACACAGUCUCUAAUUUGGGAUCCACAGCAGCAGGUGCUGCACACACAGGGGCUGUCAGGGCAGGACGCCCAACAGCUACAGGUACUUACACAGGGUCAGACAGUGGUAGCUGAGGUGGAUGGCCAAGGCCAUCAGCAAGUGCAGGUGCAGGAGCUGCUGCUGCCUGCCACUCUGAAGCCAGAGGAGGGGCUAGACGUGUGGCGGCUUUGGGCUCAGCGGAAAAAUGCAGAAAUGGACAAAUCAGACAGAAAUAAACUGGCCCCAAUUGGCCGACGCCAGGCGCUACGUUUUCAGGAGGACUUGGUGUCAUGUGCAGUAGCAGAGCUCUGCAUGGGUCUCUCUUUGAUGACAACAGAGGCUCGGGGGCUGGAAGGCGAGUCCUAUGAGGCUGAUGUUCUCUACUAUGUAUUUCUGUGCAUACAAAAAUAUCUGUUUGAUAAUGGUCGUGUGGAUGACGUUUUCUCAGAUCAGUACUACACUCGCUUCGCUCACAGUCUGCACCAGAUCUUAGAGCCAUGGAGACCAUCUAUUCAUCCACUAGGUUAUGUUAUCCCCAGCCAUGUGACAGAGGAGAUGUUGUGGGAAUGUAAACAGCUGGGAGCUCAUUCUCCCUCGACGCUGCUCACAACUCUAAUGUUCUUCAACACCAAGUAUUUUCACCUGAAGACAGUGGAUCAGCAUCUAAAAGUGGCCUUUUCCAAGGUGCUGAGACACACCAGGAAGAGUCCCAACAACCCCAAAGACAAGAGCACCAGCAUCCGAUACCUAAAGUCAACAGAGAGGUUCAUAGGACAGAAAGUCACAGAUGACAUGUACUCAGAGCAGCUGGAGGACCCAGAGAACCCUCUGCGAUGCCCCAUCAAGCUCUACGAUUUCUACCUCUUCAAAUGUCCGCAGAGCGCUAAAGGUCGCAAUGACACCUUCUACCUGACACCAGAGCCCGUGGUGGCUCCGAACAGCCCCAUCUGGUACUCGACUCAACCAAUCCCAAAAGAACAGCUGGAGCAGAUGCUUGCCCGCAUCCUCGUCGUCCGCGAAAUCCAGGAAGCCAUUAACAUGUCAGAGGGCGUGCACUAGUUGGACCGAAGGAGAACAAUAAAUGGACUAGACUCUUCCUCUUUCUCUUCACCCAGCCUUUUGAUUGCUCAUUAUCAGUAGUUUUCUAUUCUCUCACACCCUCUUGUGGUCUUUAAGGGUGGCAUGUAUAUGUUUAUAUUCAUUAUGUGUCAGCAUAUCUUACACACAAGGACUGUACAUACACAUACAACCGAUACAGAUAAUUAUUUGUCUUACUGAGGCAAUCUCUCAACCUUACCACGUGUUUUUAUUCUUUUUGUUUGGCCAAAGGAUGUAGUGUCUAAUCUUUUUAUUGGACCUGAACUCUAAUUUAAAUGUUAUUUUAACUGUUGGUUCUCCUUACCAAUAGUCUGGAACAAUUGUUAAUUUUCUUUCCCGUUUUUCUUUUAAUCUGUAAUAUAUUUCAUAUAUAUUUUCACUGGGGUUGGCCUGUGCUAUGCUGCUUUUCAUAGACAUCCCUCUUCAUUGCUCUAUCUGCCUUGGUUAAGUCUCACAGUGAAUACCUCACUGGUAUUAAGACUGCAUUAAGUAGCCAAACAUAGGCUAAAAGCAAAUUUUUCAAGUUGUGUGAAUUCUCCCUCUUUCUUUGUAUUUCACUCUCGUCUGUUCCUGAGCUGAGUGCACUUGGAAACACCCCUAACUCUGGAGACUACUCGCUUGUUGGUGGAUGCUGCUUGGGCUGUAGCACCCUCUGUUGGACUAGCUCAGCAGCAAACGAAUCGCAUCAGGACAUAGACAUUAUUGCAAUACAGUGUCGCCACUCAGCCCGCAGCCACUAGCACUUACAGACGGAGGGCGAAGGAUGCUGAUUGCUGCUGGAUCCUCCUUACUCUCUUCUGUCCAUCACCAACCCCAAAACUCACCUGGAGAGGGAUCUAUUGUAUCAUACAUGUUUAUUACAUGACAGAUGAAAGACUCUUUAAAAAAAAAAAAAAGUGGGUUAGCCCUUAAUGUUCUAUAAUGUAUAAUACUCAUAGCUCCUUCAUGUACUGUAAUGGGUUUCAGUCAUCUAAGGAGAAUGGCAGUGCCUGUGUGUUUUUGAAACAUGACCUUUUUUGUACAGCCA